AUCGCAAAGGUGUCGGGCUUGAAGGUGGCAGCUGUUCGCAGCUGCAACAGAUUGUCUUCUAGAAAUAUACGUAUAUUACGCCGUGGGAGACGAAACUUUGCUCAGUCAAGCGUCGCAUAUUCCCAUCGACCUUGAUCGUCGCAGAGUCCAUAUCCGUACCACCGGACUUCAGAUCCUCGUUGAAGACGAUUUUCAGUUGAGAUUGACGAAGGUUACGGUGAAAUGGCAUCGUAUUCGUCUUCGUGGCGUCCCACCACUGAUGUAGCGGCGGUCGCUCCAAUCGCGGAGGUGCUCUCCUCGAAACCUGAAGAUUUCCUUGGACCGUCAGCCCUCCUGUUCUCCCAGUCGACGGCUGCCUUGAAACAUUAUCUCGAUUCGCUUGCCUCUAGCACCGCACAACUUCAACAGAAACAGCAACUUAUCCAAAAUAGACAAAAGCGAAAGAGAACCGAAACCGCUUCCGGCCCUUCGAGCUCGAAAAAGCUUCAGCUCCAAGAGGUACAUAUAAAUGGGUUUAAUGUGCAGCAAGUAUGGGAACAGGCGCAGCGGGUAUUGAAGACUUCGUCGGAUGUCACUCGAGAACACGUUGCCAUUGUAUCGCCGAGCUUGGGAUUGGGGGAUGAUGAUGCGAGCAGAAACAGCGCCUCAAGUUCAGAAUCUGGGGAUGGCCAGCAUGAUCAGGAAGAUGGAAGUGAUGCCGACAUAGUUAGUGAAUUGGAUAGAGACGAACAGUCAGAGGAUGCAUCAGAGCUCCUUGAUGGAAAAGACGAAGAGGAGGCGGAGGACGGCCGCGAUGAUGAAGAACAGCUUGAGAGUGAUGGAAGUGAUGACUUGGACGAGACUGAUGUCUUAAAAAUUGGGAAACGAUCCCCCAAAAGGAGCGAACCAACUCCAUUUGUCUUGGAUCGCCAUGGCCUGAACGAUGGAUUUUUCUCGAUUGACGAGUUUAACAAGCAGUCUCUGCUCUUUGAAGAUCUGGAUGCCAAGCGAGCUAGAAAUGAUACUGCUGGUAGCGAUGAGGAGGACGUUGAUUGGGAAGCUGAUCCGUUCGCAGUUGGCGAUGUCAAUUCUGACGUGGACGAGGAUGAGCUUGAAGAAGGCGAUUUUGAUAAUGAAGAUGCUCGGUUAUCAGAUGAGGAUAUGGACGGCGGUCUUGAGCUAGACGAAGGUGAUGCGCGAAAUGCGACCUAUGACCAGUUUUUUGAUCCUCCUGCCUCGGAACGUCCCAAGAAAGGAACCCGGCCUAAGGAACAGUCCAAAAAGCCCGACCUCGAUACUGACCUUGACGCAGACGUCGAGCGAGCCAUGGCGGACGUCCACCGGGACUUAUUUGAAGACGAAGACUCUGAGUUCGAUGAUGGGAAUAUGGAUUCCAAUAAAAAGGGCGACACCAACCUAUCGACUCAUGAAAAGGCACGGGCUAAAAUAACGGAUGAAAUCCGUCGGCUAGAGGCCGCUAAUGUCGCUAACAAAGAAUGGACGCUAAUUGGCGAGGCGAAAGCGGUGGAUCGGCCUCUUAACUCGUUGAUUGAGGAGGAUUUGGAUUUCGAGCGGGUCGGAAAACCGGUUCCAGUCAUCACUGCUGAAAUAACCGACGAUAUUGAGUCCCUCAUCAAACAAAGGAUAGUUGCUAAAGAGUUUGAUGAUAUCAUUCGAAGGCCACCACCUGGAGUAGGCGACUAUACGGAAGCAAAGAGUAAAUUCGUGUUGGAUGAAACAAAACCGCAACAGAGUCUGGCGGAACUCUACGAGGCCGACCAUUUACAAGCAACGGACAGAAACUACGUCAGUAAGAAAGACGAAAAGUUACAGAAGGAGAGAGACGAGAUCACACAGCUCUGGAACAAUAUCUGCUCCCAGUUGGAUACCCUUUCGAAUUUACAUUUUCGACCCAAGCAGCCAGCUACUAAUAUCCGCGUGGUGGCCGAUGCCGAUACUAUUGUUAUGGAAGACGUUCGGCCCUCUGGCGGAGACAGCUUGAGUACUUCCGGGACUCUCGCGCCCCAAGAAGUGUAUGCCCCUGGGGAUAAGAGCCGCACCGGAGAAGUUCUGACUAAGGGCGGAGCGGCCAUUGCCAAGGAUGAGAUGUCGAGAGAAGAGAAGCUCCGGCAUAGGAGACGUGAAAAGCAAAAGAAGCGGAAGAGAGCCAUGAAGGCUCUCAAGAACCCGGCUAGCGCAGCGGCAAAGAAGCAGCAGCUUGUUUCAAGCCUUGGAAAGGGUGGCGUCAAAGUAAUUGGGAAAGACGGUACCCUGACGGACAUGCGCGGGCAAAAGGUGCUUGCUUCAGACAAACCUACUCCGCAACAUGCUUUGAAGCUAUAA